AUGAGUCCUGACAGCCGGAGGUCGACCAUGAGCAGCCGUGCGGGGAAGUGGAGCCCGGCGGCCACGGACCCAUACACCUAUGCCUGCGGAAGUCCCACGAUGAGGAAUCGACGGAGCUUCAUGUCAUUGGAGCAGCUUUUUUCGCUUUGUAAGGAACUCAAGAUCAUGCCGGAUUUGGUCAGCAGACAAGCUGUGGUACGGAUCUUCAAGAGAGCUCAGUGUGCGGGCUCCGCAAGCGCGCAUGGUGGCAGCAACUUUGGAUACUUGUCACAGGAGGCAGGGCAGGAGCUUCUAGGAAAGCUGGAGGGUGUUUUUGUGGGAAGCUGCCUUUGGUUCCCCGGGAUGUUCAUCUGCUGUGUGGACUCGUCAGCAGAUGACAAGGAGAUCCCUCCGGCCAAGCUGGUCACUUCGGACGAGGUACUGCCUGCCCGUUCAUCAUCGGUCGCGCAAGAGCUGACCAUCGGAUCCCGCCCACCCAAGGAGGAGUGCUUUACAUUCAGCGUUGACGUGGUGCGAUCACCGGGCACGAGCUUUGGCGUAGACAUCUCUGCGGCCGGAAAAGUUUGCAUGGUGAAUGCCGUGCAGGCAGGCAGCCUCGUGGGGGAUUGGAACAACCAGUGCAACCCUGAGCAUCGGAUUCGACAAUAUGACCGCUUGAUGGCCUUCAAUGAUAAGCGGCCAUCCAAAGGGAAAGAGAUGCUGGAGAUGCUGCGUGAUGCCUCAGGCCCCGUGACCAUCACCGUGCAGCGUCCCGUUGUGCAGCAGGUGACAGUUUCGAAGAGUGGCAAGGACCUUGGCCUGGGCGUCAUCGAUGGGCAGAGCUUUCUCCUCGUCACGCGGAUCGCCGAGGGCACGGUCAACGACCACAACCUUGCGGCCGCAUCGGACCAGGUCAUCAAGGUGCCGAGCAGGAUCGUGACGGUGGAUGGAAAGAAGGGUUCCGGUGCCGAGCUGCUGAAACUCAUGGAGAACGCGUCUACGGGAUUUACGGUCGAGAUCCUGUGCUACGACUGA